CCAAGAGCUUUUCUCAGAACGAAAACCCGAACAGUGACUGCAGGCGCUGUUUUUUUUUCUCUCUCUCUCUCUCUUUCUCACACCCUCGCUUUCUCUCUCUUAAUUUGGUUUGCAUUGAGAAUAGUUGUCCAGACGCGGUGGAAAACUCGGCACUCCUCCGCUUCGGGUGACCCAGCGAUGGAUGGCGCGGGGAGCGAGAUUCUGUCCCUACAGGACUACGUCGCGUCCCUGGAUGACUGCACUCUUCCUCGCAUUCUGCAGAUCUGCUCUGGAGUGUAUUUCCAAGGGUCGGUGUACGAGCUGGGCGGGAGCGAAGUGUGCCUGUCCACGGGAGACCUGGUGAAGGUGAUCGGCGUCCAGCUGCAGUCCGUCACCUGUGAGGACCUCGGGACCAAUGAGACGUCAGAGCUGUCUCUGGACUACACAGGCAGGUUCCGGAUGCUUCCGGAGGACGAGCUCUUCGGGUGCGUGGAGGACAUGGUGGAGCUGGUGCUGAAGGAGCCGGACGCCUGCGACACCUUCAGCUUCACCUGCCAGCAGGACCUGGAGCUGGAGGACUGCCGGGUCCCGGCCGGGCAGCCCCUCAGCUUGCUGUCCGUGGAGCGGCAGGGCGGGGGCGAGGGCGGGGGCGGGGGCGAGGGCGAGGGCGAGGGCGUGGCCCGCUGCUGGCUGGACGGGCCGGCGGGGCGGGAGGUCCUGGUGCCGCUGUCGUUCCGCGGAGCGUUCUACGAGAGCGAGAGCGGCCACGCCUACGCCGUGCGGGAGAUCGUCAGCUCGCCACGCCUCCGGCGCCGCCGGUACCGCCGCGCCCAGGAGGCCGGGCCGGACGGACCGCUCCGCCUCACACCCGUGCACUCAGUCCAGGCCAUCAUGCACCUGAGGAAGAACGUGGUGCAGUUCCCGUCCAGCCUGGAGGUGGAUGUGACGGACGUGUCGGAGAGCUGCGGGGACGUGGUGUUCGUCACGCCGCUGACCCUCCCCGAGGUGGCGGCGCGGGCGGCCGACGCCUUCCCGGCCGUGGUGGAGGUGCUGGAGGCGCCGGAGAGCGCGCGGCCGCUGUUCCGCUGCCGCUGGCUGCCCCCGCUGCGCCCGGGCCGGCUCCUGGUGCUGCGCGGGGCGGGCGAGGCGCGCAUGGUGCUGGCCUCCAGCUUCAAGGGCUGCCGGGAGCGCCGCCACUUCCUGCUGUCCAGCCGCUACGGCGGCAGCUUCCGGCGGCGGCCGCGGAACUUCGGCUCCGCCUACGAGCUGUACGCGGCCUCGUGCCGCGGGCCGGCGGGCCUGACGGUGACCGUGGCCAUGCAGUGGGAGUCCCCCGCCGACGACCUGCCCUCGCUGAGCGUCGGGGACCAGCUGGAGGUGCUGCGGCGGGGGAGGGCGGAGCCGGGUCGCCGCGGCGACGACGACGGUGACCACGGCGACGGGGCGGGGGCGUGGCCUCAGGGCGAGGACGUGCUGGUGUGCCGGCGAACGUCGGAGGCGGACGAGGAAGACGAGGACGAGGAGGAGGGGGAGGAGGAAGGGCGAGGCGAGGAGAGCGAGGAGGUGAGCCUGCCCAUGUACCUGCAGGGCCGGUUCGUGGAGAAGCUCGCCGACACCAAGAAGCGCUACGGCCUGCCGGAGCUGGUGGAGCGGUUGGCGCUGCCGCUGGACGUGAAGGCGGUCCGCCGCGACCCCAACCUGGAGGCCGACCCGCUGCCCGCCCUCUCCUCCCUGCAGCUGGAGGAGAUCACGUCCGAGCCCACGGUGAUGGCCAGCCUCCUGGAGCAGCCCAACGUGGUCUUCGAGCUGCCCAUUCGCUGGCUCUCCAUGACCGUGUCCUUCACCGGCGACCCCCUGCCCUGGCCCGAGGGCCCUCCUCGCCCGGAGCCCCGCUGGGAGACCGUCACCGAGGUGACGGACCAGUUUUACUUCGAGUUCCGGAAGCUGGCGAACCAGGACACCGAUGCGCCCCCUCCCCGCCCGCCCAAGAGGAGGACACAGUCCGCACAGAAGGCCCCGCCCGCUGCCACCUCCUGCUCCAAUCAAUCGUCCCGACUGUGCAAGGGCCAGUCGCUCUCCCAGUCGAUGGACAAGAUGACGCUCGGCUCCGAUUGGCUGGGCAAAGCCCCUCCUCUGCCAUCACCCCUGGACGCUGGGAACGAGCCCCCGCCACUCAUCCCCAGGAAGCCGACUGCCAAGGCAAGCAGCUUCGCCCACUCCAACAUGUACACCAAGACCCCCAAACGAGAGAAGAAGAAGAAGAAAGGAAGGCGAAACAGUGACCAUGACUACGAGGAUAUUUUAGACGUGGUGAAGAACGCAAAGGACAUCUUAUUCUACUGAAAUGUCGCCCCCUGCGUCCCAUAAGACUGCAGAACCACCCCAGGAGAAGCGGAGACGACGUCGGCGUUUUCACAAGCGUGAAGAACUACCGCUGAAAGCCGAGGGCAUUUAGCCAUCAUGAUUAUAUACGUUUAUACUUGAUUUUAUACAUCCAGCAUUUCAUACUCCCACCUUUCCCAGUCCCUCUGCUUUACAAUGUUCCAGGAAAAGCCUUCAUAACCAAGGAACACCAGGCCAAGUCCCUCUCCAAGAGGAAAGACAGUCCACAGAAUGACUUCAAUUAGCACGUUUUCUGAAACUCAUUAGCACUGGGGAGUAAAGUGGUUUUCAAAGGGCCAAAAGGGCCAUUUUAUUAUUUUAUUUUAUUUUUUUACAGCCAACAAACUGGACAGUCACUCCAGUUGAGAACUGAACUGGAAGUGCGCGUAUGCUUGGUCAUCUUGUUUCUACGGUUAUUUAUAUUUGUGUCAGAGGCACGCCUGCGUUCUGCUCUGCCGGCUGAAAUGACUUCUUUUAUUUUCCAAGAACACGGAACUUAUAAACGCUCUUUCUCAAACCCCCAAGAGGGGAAAAACAAAACCAGCGUCAAGCUUCCGUCCUGCUCUCACUUCCUCAUCAGCCAGCCAACCACAGAGCAGCGAGGUGCCAAUUGUGCAGCUGUGUGUGUGUGUGUGCAUGCCUUGUGUGAGUGUACAUGUAUAUGAUGUAGUUUAGCAGCAGAGACCUGGCUAUAGAUGCCUAUUGUGCAGCUGUGUGUGUGUGUCUCCUUUUGUGCGUGUGUGCAUGUGUAUAUAUGGCACUCGAAGCACAAAAACAGGAUGUAGUUUAGCAGGAGUGGGUUAUACUCAUGAUUAUAUAGAAGGGGAAGGGGAAGCCGGAGGAGGGGUGUUGUCAGAGUUUCACAGGUGAGACUGGGGACAGGAAGAAGCUUGCAAAUUCAGCCACAGCACUGCUGAAGGUGGAUGUGGUGGACGUGUCUUGAGACGUGUCCAGAGCCCACACCCAAACUGGAGCAGCCUGGAGCCUGGUGGCUAAGGUACAUGACUGGGGCAGCCUGUAGUGUAGUGGUUAAGGUACAUGACUGGGGCAGCCUGUAGUGUAGUGGCUAAGGUACAUGACUGGGGCAGCCUGUAGUGUAGUGGUUAAGGUACAUGACUGGGGCAGCCUGUAGUGUAGUGGUUAAGGUACAUGACUGGGGCAGCCUGUAGUGUAGUGGUUAAGGUACAUGACUGGGGCAGCCUGUAGUGUAGUGGUUAAGGUAUAUGACUGGGGCAGCCUGUAGCGUAGUGGUUAAGGUACAUGACUGGGGCAGCCUGUAGCCUAGUGGCUAAGGUACAUGACUUGGGCAGCCUGUAGCCUAGUGGCUAAGGUACAUGACGGGGGCAGCCUGUAGCCUAGUGGCUAAGGUACAUGACUGGGGCAGCCUGUAGCGUAGUGGUUAAGGUACAUGACUGGGGCAGCCUGUAGCGUAGUGGUUAAGGUACAUGACUGGGGCAGCCUCUAGUGUAGUGGCUAAGGUACAUGACUGGGGCAGCCUGUAGCCUAGUGGUUAAGGUACAUGACUGGGGCAGCCUGUAGUGUAGUGGUUAAGGUACAUGACUGGGGCAGCCUGUAGCGUAGUGGUUAAGGUACAUGACUGGGGCAGCCUCUAGUGUAGUGGCUAAGGUACAUGACUGGGGCAGCCUGUAGCCUAGUGGCUAAGGUACAUGACUGGGGCAGCCUGUAGCCUAGUGGCUAAGGUACAUGACUGGGGCAGCCUGUAGCCUAGUGGCUAAGGUACAUGACUGGGGCAGCCUGUAGCCUAGUGGCUAAGGUACAUGACUGGGGCAGCCUGUAGUGUAGUGGUUAAGGUACAUGACUGGGGCAGCCUGUAGCGUAGUGGUUAAGGUACAUGACUGGGGCAGCCUCUAGUGUAGUGGCUAAGGUACAUGACUGGGGAAGCCUGUAGUGUAGUGGCUAAGGUACAUGACUGGGGCAGCCUGUAGCCUAGUGGCUAAGGUACAUGACUGGGGCAGCCUGUAGCCUAGUGGCUAAGGUACAUGACUGGGGCAGCCUGUAGCCUAGUGGCUAAGGUACAUGACUGGGGCAGCCUCUAGUGUAGUGGUUAAGGUACAUGACUGGGGCAGCCUGUAGCCUAAUGGCUAAGGUACAUGACUGGGGCAGCCUGUAGUGUAGUGGCUAAGGUACAUGACUGGGACCCGGAAAGUUUGGCAGCUCAAGCCCCGGUGUAGCCACAAUAAGAUCCGCACAGCCGUUGGGCCCUUGAGCAAGGCCCUUAACCCUGCAUUGCUCCAGAGGAGGAUUGUCCCCUGCUUAGUCUAAUCAACUGCAAGUCGCUUUGGAUAAGGCGCCAGCUAAAUACCUGAGGCAAUGGAAGAGAGAGUGCAUUGAGCUGGUUAGGACUGAGAUUGGAGAAAGCAGGCGGGCUGCAUGGGACGGGUUUGCACAUGACUCUUUCAUGGUCCAGAAUGAAACGGGGCGGUAACAAAACGGCCAUUUUACACAAUCGCUGGAGCUAUUUUACAAAAAUGUUUAAUGUGUUGAACGAGCCAGUGUCCUGGAAGCAGGUUGUUUUUUACGGUCUCCUUUGUGAAGCCUAUUUCUUUUUGCAGUUUUUAUUAUUCUCAUUUUUUGCCGAUUCUAUCUCCACAAAUAAAAUGCAAUCGCCUAUUAAA